GGUUUUGGCUGCCACUAACAACUGCCCCCUGACAGCUUCCUUCCUGAGGCAGGCAGGAGGCAAGGCCUUCCUGCAAGACCAGUUUGGUAAAACUCCCUUACACGCAGCACUGGACACUUACAACUGGAAUCUUGCCACGUUGAUGGUAAAGAACAUAGGAGCGUGUAUGUACAUCCCUGACUCCUCAGGCAGACUGCCUGUUGAUAUGUUGCCCUCACAACACAGAAAUCAGCUGGAAUUGGACAUCUUCCGUCAAGAAAGGCAACAGUUAGAAGAGUUAGUUGAGAAAGCUAAGGAUAAAGAAGAUAUGGACCAGCUACAAGAAGUUCUGGAUGAGUUUGAUUCUCUAUUCACAAGAUACUGUGCAAAUCCUGCUAUUGCCAAAACUCGGCUACCUUCAACAGCAUCUCCACAAGAACAUGCUAUUCAUGCCUACGGUCUUCUUGUGUCUUGCCGACGAGGACUAUUACAGCUGGCAUACCUUCUGGUCACAGUGGGUGGCCUUAAUGUUGACACUGUGCUUGAUGGAACACACGACUCUACCGGCCUUCACGAAGCUGCUUCCCAUGGUAACUCUGGUUGCUUGGUUUUGCUGCUCAGUCUGGGUGCAUCUGCUAUAAAACAAGACCGUUAUAAACAUACACCAGCCCACUUUGCUGCCAUGUUUGGUCAUAACACAACUUAUCAGCAGUUAGAGGUGUUCAUGAGGAAGCAUCAGCCUGUGAGCAAAGCAGGAACAACACCUACGGACAUAGUAUUUAAUUUUAAAGAAUAUUUACAUCGUUAUUUGAAGACGGAUAUCGAUUCGGGCGAAACAUUUGUUUUCAAUCAACCGUCUGAAGCCAUUAAAAAACUCCUAAAUUUGACCAAUAUUAGAGAUCUAACAAGACAACUGGAUGAUAUCAGAGUUGACUUUUGUAAAGGCGAAGCUAAGCAAGUUAAAGAUGGCGUUAUUAAAGAGGUUCAGAAUAUUUUGGAUGAAGUGAGUUCUAUUGAUAAGCUUUAUGAAGGUGAACUUAUCACUGUAGGGAGUUCGUCAGAUGGAACCCGUCUGUAUGCACCAGAUGAGUAUGACUUAAGUGUUGUGCUAUCAAACGUUCCAGAAAUCAGAAUAGAGAUUAUCGAGCAGGAUGCACACCAGACAGCUCUGAGUGGACACAGGCUAAGACUUCGUGUCAAGACAGAUCACCCCAGCCUGCAUGGGAAGAAUUUAAUAAAUAACUUCUAUGAAUUAGUGAGGAGCUGUCUUGAGAAGCAUACGAUCAAGUGUAGUCAUCUUAGUUUGGUACCUCCAGGUGUAACAAGAACUCAGGUAGGCAUUGCAAUAGCCUUUGCUUGGCAGGGCAAGGAGUAUCCUCUUCUGUUGAUUGGUAUAGACUUAGUUCCUGUGUUGGCUGUGCCAUGGCCAGCAGAGGUGAGUAGGCCUCCACUCACUCCUGAAAGCAUCAAUCAGGUGUACCUUAGUAACACAGCUGACGGGGAGUGGAGGUGUAGUUUUGCCGGUGCUGAGGCAGAGGUCCUGAAACAACUAGACUCACAGGAACGCCGUGUUUAUCUGGCCUGCAAAACUCUUCUCUCUUACCUGAAGGCUGACCCUUGGAUGCCCCGGGAAGUAAAGGCCAACUACACAUGGUGGGACUCAAGGAAGUGGAAAAUCAUGAUUCCUGCUGGAUUUGCAAUGAAGAACAGCUUUCUAAAUCAACUUCAACGAAAACGUGAGGAAAAAAAUAAAUGGCGAGAUGAAGACCUCAUCCAGAUAAUCAUCACUAUCUUAAGAGACAUGUGCCAAGACUUUUGUGAUCCAACAAAUAAAAUAGAAUCUUUAGUACCAGCCAAGAUACAUGCCUAUUUUGGCGGUGAGUUUGAGAAACCCAAGACAGGAGAAGGUGCUCCUGAGAUUAUUAAAAUCCUCAGAGAACUUGAAAAACCACAGAACAAACCUGAAAACGAAUCCUGGAGCUGGUGUUCUCUACUAUAAAAUUUCGCUGUAUAGCCCUUGUGGCUUAGCGCUUCUUUUUGAUUAUAAUAAUAAUAAUACUAUAAAAUUUAAUUAUCAAAUGUAUAGUAUGUUAUACAUACGACUUAUCAUAAUGUUUAUGUCUAUGUUACAAGAAAAUUUUUUGUGUUAACUGUAUAUAUUUUUAACUUACUGCAGAGUCUAAAAUUAAACAGCCUAAAUAUUGAAAAAUAAUUUUGAUAUUGAAAUGCCUUUUUUUUUUUUUGGUCAGAUGGAGAUAAAUAUGAAUGAGUAUAUGUAAGAGACUAUAUAUAUUUCUGAGAAAGUAGGUGAGUGUCUCAAGACUCUUAUGUCUUUAAUUAUAUAUAAAACAUAAAAUUCAGUUCUUUUACUGGAAAUAAUUUGAUUUAA